GAGGUGAGGGCGUGGUCGUUUUAUCCGAGAAGUUCUGCGUUUUACAUUCUACUGUUUCCUCCCUCCCUCGCUUCUUUCUUUUCACUGUGUUAGAUUGGAUUAGUCGAGUGGGCAGGUCGAAAUUUCAGCACUAAAGACUGAAUAAUUAUCAAUUGAUUGUUUUUCCUUUGCCCAUUAAUUUAGUCAUUUGUAGCAAUGAAAGUUGAUUUAUUGAUAUUGAUAUAUGGUUUUGUGUUGGGAGUUUUAAGUAUUUGUUCCAUUGCUAAAUCAGCUGUUCCCAAUGACCCAUUUCUUGGAAUCUCCCCUCAAGAUGAGAAUUACUACAAGAUAUCAUCAAAUACGAUAAAAUGUAUAGAUGGAUCCAAGAAAUUCACCAAAGCUCAACUCAAUGAUGACUUCUGCGAUUGCCCUGACGGCAGUGAUGAGCCUGGCACAUCAGCUUGUCCAGCUGGGAAAUUUUAUUGUCGCAAUGCAGGACAUAUUCCUCUUUUGUUAUUUUCUUCAAGAGUCAAUGAUGGGAUCUGUGACUGCUGUGAUGGGAGUGACGAAUAUGAUGGGCAGGUUAAAUGCCGAAAUACAUGCUGGGAGUCUGGAAAAGUGGCUAGAGAUAAGUUGAAGAAAAAGAUUGCAACAUAUAAGGAGGGGGUGGCUUUGAGAAAUCAGGAAGUUGAAAAGGCAAAACAAUCAAUUGCCAAAGAUGAGGCAGAACUAUCAAAGCUAAGAAAUGAGGAGAAAAUACUGAAAGGGUUAGUUGAACAGCUUAAAGAGCGUAAAGAACAAAUAGAGAAGGCAGAAGAGAAAGAACGCUUGCAGAAAGAAAAAGAAGAGAAAGAGAAGAAGGAAGCUGAAGAAAAGGCUAAUAAAGAAAAAGGUGAAUUUUUGGAGGAAGCUAAGCAAGAAAAAGAACAGGCUGGGGAAAAAACUAAUGUUGAAGAUGAAUCCUCGGAAAGUAUCCAUGAUGAUACAAUUGGUGUUUUGGAUGACUCUCCCUUGGAUCAGGACAAGGCAGGGGAGUAUACUAGUCAUGCAGUUGGUGCUGAACAAACUCAUACCUCCAGAAAUGAAGAAUCACCAGUGAAUGAAGUAGAGCAGCAUGUGGUGAAGGAGGAAGAGACAGUCUCCCCAAAAAGCAUAGCUGAUGCUGAGCAAAGUGAUACUUCCAAAAUUGAAGGACCAUCAGUUAAUGAUAUUGUGCAGGAAGUGGUAGAAGAGGUCGAAGAGUCUGUCUCACCAAGAAGCAAGGAUGACCCUGCAGAUAUGAGUGAAAAAGGUCAUGAUGCUGUUGAGGUAUCAGGUGGUCAAGCUGUGAAAUUGGGCAAUGAUGUAUCUGAAAAUACUGAAGGGUUGUCAAAGGAAGACCUAGGCCGCCUUGUUGCUUCUCGUUGGACAGGGAGUUCUGAAAAGGAAACUGAAGGAGUUGAUGUUGCAAAGAAUAGUGAUCAUGAAGAUCACGAAGAGCAUGAAGAGAUGCCACCAGACAUGCAUGAUGAGGAAUAUGAUGGCUAUGCUUCUGGAACUGAUGACGACACUGGAAAAUAUGAUGACAUUGAUACAGAAGAUGAUACAGAUGAGAGUUAUGAAGAUGAUUCUCAUGAUGAUGUGGGUUCUUCAUACAAAUCCGACCACGAGGAUGAAUUAGAUUUUUCAGAUACAACCUUCUCAAGUAGCCCGUCUUGGCUGGAGAAGAUACAACAAACUGUUCGUAACAUUCUACAAGCUGUUAACUUUUUUCAAACUCCAGUGGACAAAUCAGAGGCUGCCAAUGUGCGCAAAGAAUACGAAGAGUCCAGUGCCAAGUUGACUAAAAUACAGUCGAGGAUAUCAAGUUUGACACAAAAGUUAAAACAGGAUUUUGGGAUAGAGAAAGAGUUCUUCUCAUUCUACGAUCAAUGUUUUGAGAGCAAACAGAACAAGUAUGUUUACAAGGUUUGUCCAUUCAAACAAGCUUCCCAGACGGAGGGUCAUUCAACAACUCGUUUGGGGCGUUGGGACAAAUUCGAGGAUUCACAUCGGGUCAUGAUAUUUUCAAAUGGUGAUAGGUGCUGGAAUGGACCUGAUAGAAGUUUAAAGGUCAAGCUAAGAUGUGGCUUGAAAAAUGAGGUUACAGAUGUAGAUGAACCGAGUCGUUGCGAAUAUGUAGCACUUUUAUCUACCCCAGCUUUUUGUCUGGAAGAAAAGCUCAAGGAAUUGGAAAACAAACUAGACUUGAUGAACAAAGAACAGCCUCAGAGCCAUGAUGAACUCUGAAAUACUUUGCAGCAAAUGGUUUAGAGGAUGCUGAAGGCCUCAACUAAUAUUCGGAAGAAUCAUCCAUUUGAAUUUUAACAUAUGAAUAGGCCAGCGAAAUGCAGCUGAAUUGGGCAGGUAUUUAGAAAUUUUGAGCAAUAUCUGGAGAGCUACAGAAUUUUUUAUAUUCUGGAGCCACUUUGUAUAACAUGUCUAAUUCAUUAUUAGGGUUAGAUUGAGAGAUGGGAGUAAUUAGGAUGAAGUCCGAGUCCGGCGCAUUGCAACUGAUUUUGAAAUCAUUGAUACUAUAAUACUAUGUUGAACACUUGAGGGUAUAAUUAUUAAUCAAAAUAAUAUAAGAUAGCAUAGUAGUAGAAAACAUUAUGAAAUGGAAAUGUGUGAGAAUGACAUUCUAAAGAAAUGGCAAUAAAAAUGCUCUUGACUUGUUGCAUGAU